CUCAGCUGUACUUUUAUUUCGAACGCAGAGACAUCUGAUCACGCAGUGCCACGCGAUGUCCUCAUUCACCAAAACACUGCAACGUCUAGCUACACAGAUAGGUCUGGUGUGCACACAGAGUCAGUCACGCUACGUGAGAGAGAGGAGAGAAGCGCAGAACCACCAGAGCAGACGACACACGGUAGCCAGCCAACACUGACUGUAGCUUGUCAUCAUGCACGCACUAGAUCGAUGUGAUGCAGCACGGAGAGAGACCGACAGCCCAGCCCAACGCACCACCACACCUCAAUGUGCACUGCACGCCAUACAGCACAGCAACGAAGACAAAAACACGGAUGGAUUCACACAAUACACAACAGAGACCUAUCUAUCGCCCUCGGGCGAACGACCGACAGCCACAAUCCCACUCAAUCACGCCUCCCCGGCCAGUCGACAGUGCUGCGACAGGCGACGCGACUGCUCGACAUGGGGGAGAUGCCCUCUGCCCCCUCUCUAGGCUCUCGGGCCCAGUUCUAGGCUUCUCUGCGCCUGGCUGACGGACGGCACUGCAGGCCGCAGAAGGCUGAACGUCAUGCCGAGACUCUGCUGCAAAAUGCGGAGCGACAUCCUCAGGUCUUGCUGCAAACGACACGCAGAGAAGCAGGACCUCGUGAGUCAGUCGAUGCUGUAUGUGUAGUUUUCGUGAGUCAGUCAGUACCAGCCAUGCCCCUCUCUUUGAUGGUAUGCGGACAAUGAUGGGCUUUUUCAUCACCAGGCCCAUCCACCCAAACACGCGAACCACAUCGGUGUCCUCAGGCGCCACAUUCAACACCGCUCCACCGUAACCGAUGAACUCCAGCGACUCAGCAGCAGCGUGGUCGAGGGCGGGUGAGUAUCUCGCCCUGAUGGCCGCGCGGAAACUCUGAACGUCCUCCACGCCCUUCAGGCGGACAAACUUGGGAUUGUGCCCGUACUCCAGAGCAACCCACAGCCCCCUUGGCCCUUCCUUCUCCUGCUGCUGGGGGCGGGUGAGAACAUUCCUCUGUGUCCUGCGGGGCGGCGGCGCUAUGGGAACACUCAACUGGACGAGUUGAGCGCCGGGAUGGGAGGGGCUGGUCGCUGUCGCUUGCGGGUCAAACCGCUGCACAUUCGCGAUAAAACAUCUGGCACUGGUGCGGCUGAUACCCUGCUGCACCAGGUCACACACGGUGAGUGUUCUAAACGCGUCCCAUGAUGUGAUCCGGAGCGCCAAGACCCCCUCUCGGAACUCGUCAGCCUGUGGAUUCGACCGCAGCACGUGAUCCACAGCCACCAGGAAGGAGGUGUCACUGUUGAGGUGACAAAGGCAAACACACCACACCACACCCCGGAAAGUCGCACAGUGAGUGAAGACAGACACCGUGUCUGUCGCUCUCCUUGCCUUCCCUCCCUUUGACUGACCUGAGAGGAUCCAGGAAACUCAGUGCGUAGACAACGGCUUUCGCAACACCCAGAGGAACACCAGCAGCGACAAAGUCCUCAGCGCUGACCCGUCUGAAGUCGCUCCACGACUUGAUGACAGCGGUGAACUGCUCACGAUGAGCAUGGAAGCUGGCGUAGGAUGGAUCAGCGAGAACCCGGUCAAGGGCAAUAUCAAACCGUGUCGAGGCCUCCUCCAAAGACAGAUCUUCGUAAAUCGUGUCAUCAGGAACAAUUGCAAGACGGGAGGAAGGUGACAGCGUCCAUCCACCCGCAAACAGGGAGAUGAGGAGGGCUGCGAUCUAGCGAGAACCCGUUUCACGGAGCCCGACCCCAUUGGUUCGGUUUCACGUACGCUCUAAUCCCGCCCGCACGUUUGGGGUGUCUGACAGCACACUUACCCCAAUGCCAACAGUUCUCGUCUUUCGGUUCACGUGUCAUGAGGGCAGCACAUGGUGACAGGUCCAUGGUAUGAUGUCCCCGUUGCCAUCGCCUUGCCCAGUGACACGCUCCCCGAAAGCCGAGAAGCAGGACGCAUCGCAGCGAAACCCAGGUCACACACAUGAAACUGUUUUAGUUAACGACUGUGUGUAGAUCCACACAGACUGACUUGUGCGUGGCAAAACCGACAGCUAGCGCAGCGGACAGAUGCGCGUGGAUGGAGUGAGUGGGAACCGCGUGACUGUGAUGGCGAAACCGACAGAAAAGAAAAAGAUAGAGCCCGUGAGUGACUGAGUGACUGAGUGAGGGAGCACACAGACUGUUGCUCGUGGUUUCGCCCGCAACACAGUGCCCUCAAAGAAAGUCAGAACGCAGAGAGGGAGACGAUCGCGAGAAAGCUUGC